UAUAAACUCGAAGUAUGAAUACUUAAAAUAUUUAUCUGACGAAUAAUUAAAAAAUGUUCCUUUAAUUGCGUUUUAAUCGCGCGCUUUUCUUUCAUUCGAUAUAUCGAACGAAGAAAAAUAUCGAAUAAUCGAUAAUGGCUAGUGUCGAGAAAGUACACUACGCCUCAACCUCACGCGAUUCUCUCGCGGAUGAGUUCCGAGUUCCGAGAGAGUCCGAGAAACUCCACCGAAAGCGAGUAGCACUGUAGCACUGUGUAGCACUGGAACACUCGCACUGUCUGUACCGUGCAAUGAAUUCGUAGUGAUUUGUACUAUUUGUAGUGCUGGCGAUUACAACCUAAAGGAGAAAUGUGGUGUUGUGCGUGGUAAGCGAGUAAGACCGAAUCGGUGAACGAGAUAACGAAGGGACGCGCCGUUUCUACAUCGCCGUGUUCCUCGCCGGAGCGAGCGUGACGCGUCGCCGCAGGAAGGAGGCAUGCCGCAGUUUCACAAGAUCGAGAUUAACAGAACGGAAUGGGAGGUACCGGAGCGGUACCAGUUGCUUACUCCGGUGGGCUCGGGUGCCUAUGGCCAAGUCUGUUCAGCAGUGGAUACAACUACUGGGCAAAAGGUAGCGAUUAAAAAGUUAGCUAGACCAUUUCAGUCAGCUGUGCAUGCAAAACGCACAUACAGAGAGCUGCGUAUGCUAAAACAUAUGAAUCAUGAAAAUGUCAUAGGACUGUUAGAUGUAUUUCAUCCAUCUUCAUCUUUGGAAGAUUUUCAACAAGUAUAUCUAGUCACACAUUUAAUGGGCGCCGAUCUGAAUAACAUUGUCAGAACUCAAAAGCUUUCCGAUGAUCACGUGCAAUUUCUUGUCUAUCAGAUCCUCCGUGGUUUGAAAUACAUUCAUUCUGCAGGAAUUAUACACAGGGACUUGAAGCCAUCUAAUAUAGCGGUUAAUGAGGAUUGCGAAUUGAAAAUACUAGACUUUGGCUUAGCUAGGCCCACGGAGAAUGAAAUGACUGGUUAUGUUGCUACUAGAUGGUAUAGGGCACCUGAAAUUAUGCUUAAUUGGAUGCAUUACAAUCAAACAGUUGAUAUUUGGUCAGUAGGAUGCAUUAUGGCAGAACUAUUAACUGGAAGAACACUUUUUCCCGGAACAGAUCACAUUGAUCAUCUAACACGAGUGUUAGUACUCUGUGGGACACCCACAGAAGGAACAUUAAGUAAAAUUACUAGCCAAGAGGCCAGAAAUUAUAUUCAGAGCUUACCACCGUUGAAGAAAAAAAAUUUUAAAGACGUAUUUCGUGGAGCUAAUCCUUUAGCUAUUGAUUUGUUGGAACUGAUGUUAGAGUUGGAUGCAGAAAAAAGAAUUACAGCAGAACAGGCUUUAGCACAUGCGUAUCUUGCACAAUAUGCAGAUCCAACUGAUGAACCUGUGUCUUUACCAUACGAUCAGAGUUUUGAGGAUAUGGAUCUUCCAGUAGAGAAAUGGAAAGAACUUGUGUACCAUGAGGUUGUAAAUUUCAUCCCACAGCAGCUACCUACAUUGUCAUCGACAAUUGAAACGACAAUUGAAACUUCUUAAGAAUAAUUAUAAUACGCGUAAUAUAGAUUUAAGCACAGUAAGAUACAAUAAUAUAGAGUAACAAUAGGCAAUUGUGAGUGAAGAUAUAUAUAAGAUUAUUUACAAAAAUAUUGUACAUAAUUUAUAAAUAAUAUAGUAUACUGUUGAUUAAUCAAGCUAAUCUGUUCAAAAAACGAGAUAUAUAUUUUUGUCGAAGAAAAAACUAAACUCACUAUUUAAUUAUGUAAAUCUGUUAUUAAUUGAUUAUCAGGUAUGCAUGUUACGCAACACUCUCGUUGUGUAUAAAUUUGUAUAUUUUUUAGUCAUUUUAUUAAGUAUCAGUUCUCUCUUAGCUGUGAGAGAGAGAGAGAGAGAGAGAGAGAAAGAGAGAGAGAGAGAGAGAGAGAGGAGAGCAUCAUGCAAUUUAGAUUUUAUAAUAUAAUUAUAUAUAAAUUAUGAUGAACUUGCCAUAUGAUGUACAAUCAAAGUACGUAAUAUUAGAUAUAUAUGUAACUUUAGACUUAAACACAUAGUAAUAUAACACAUGUAGUACUUAUUAUUUUUAAAUUAUACUAAAUCAAAAAUGCAAUAUAUUUCUAACUAUAAA